AUGGCCGUGCCAAGCUAUAAAUACGGGGGUCAUAAGAGGAUCCACCUGGUGUCAGAUGCAGCCUUGGAUCCAUCGUGGAACCACAAUCCGCCCGGGCGCCCAGCCUUCGGGCCGGAGACGCUCCAAACCAGCAACUACUCUCUGGUGUUAUUGAUUCAGCUCAGCCUGCUCUCCUUCGACCUGUUCGUCAACUCCUUCAGCGAGCUGCUGAGGGGUGAACCGGCUGUCCAGCUGGUACUUUUCAUUAUCCAGGACAUUGCCAUCCUGUUUAACCUGAUCAUCAUUCUGUUGAUGCUGUUUAACACCUUCGUGUUCCAGGUUGGCCUGGUCGCCAUAUUGCUGGAGCGAUUUAGAGCUCUGCUAAUGCUCUCUGCUCUCUAUUUGACCUUCAGUAUCAUACUCCAUUCCUGGCUUAUGAAUCUGCGUUGGCUAAACACCAACAGAUUUAUAUGGACAGACGGCCUUCAGGUGCUCUUUGUGUUCCAAAGAACAGCUUCUGUGUUGUACUACUACUUGUACAAGAGGACCUCAGAGUAUCUGGGUGACCCUCGCCUCUAUGAGGAUUCACCAUGGCUGCGAGAAGUGUUUGCUCGGGUCAGACAGUGAUCCCACUGCAACAGCG